AUGGAUACCCAAGAGCCCCUUAAGAUUGUUAUUGUUGGCGGUGUUGGUGGAGGCAUGGCUGCGGCAGUGCGAGCGCGCCGCAUGAAUGAGAUGGCUUCAAUAACUAUCGUAGAGAAAGGCGAAUAUAUAAGCUAUGCGAACUCUGGUGUUCCAUAUGUUCUAGGAGGAUUGAUUACAACGGACACAACUCUUGUUUUACAGACAGCUGCCGGAUUGAAGGCCCGUUUCAAUAUCGACGUGUGUGUUAAUACAGAGCUCCUCGCUAUUUCGCGCAACAAACAUGUGAUUGAAGUACAGGAUUUAAAUACAGACACCGUAUAUUCUCUCCCAUACGACAAGCUCAUUCUGUCACAAGGAGCAGAGCCUCUACGGCCCCAAAUAGAGGGUAUCGAUUCACCGAAUAUUUUCACGCUCCAAACUUUAUCAGAUUCGUAUGCAAUCAGAAAUCACGUUGUGAAACACGAAUGUCGCCGUGCAGCUAUCAUUGGAGGCGGUUUUAUAGGUCUGAAAGCUGCUGAGAACCUAUAUAACCUUGGCCUACAGAUUACUGUCAUAGAGUCAAACAACCAUGUCUUCCCCUUGUUUGACAGGGAUAUGGCCGAACUCCUACACACGGAACUGAGGCGACAAAAGGUGCAGCUAUAUCUCAAUAGGAAGAUAGAGCAGCUGGAUAGGACAGAAGAUGGUUAUGUCUGCAAUAUAAUCCUUGAUGAUGGCUCAACAGUAUCUGCUGAUCUAGUAGUGACAGCUACUGGCAUUAAGGCCCAGACAUCUGUGGCAAGGGAGGCUGGUCUGGCAAUUGGCAAAAAUGGGGUUUCAGUGAAUGUAUUCAUGCAAUCCUCUGACAUGGACAUAUAUGCGAUUGGAGAUAUGGUUGAAACAGAGCAUCAGAUUGCCCAUAGACCUCAGAUCCUUGCGCUGGCAGGACCAGCCAAUAGGCAAGGUCGUCUUGCCGCAGAUCAUAUUUUCGGAAUCGCCUCACCUUAUCGUGGGAAUGUGGGCACCUUUCUCUCCAAAGUCUUUAAUCUCACAGCUGGUAUCACCGGACUCUCAAUCGAGGGCUUGCGUGAGAUAGGCUAUUCACCCUUAUGGAUCACCGUUCAUCUGCCAGAUCACGCUGGGUACUAUCCCUUAUCUUCACAGAUGACGCUUCGCAUUGCUUUUGAGCCAUUCACUGGACGACUUCUUGGUGCGCAAUCAAUCGGUCGAUUAGGAGUGGAUAAGCGGAUUGAUGUUCUUUCGACAGCUCUACAGGCAGGAAUGUCUGUGUUCGACCUGGAGCAUUUGGAGCUCUCCUAUGCACCACAGUAUGGCUCGGCAAAGGACCCGGUGAAUAUGGCAGGAUUUGUGGGCAGCAAUUUGCUUCGUGGACUGGUGGAUAUUUUCUAUCCAGGGGAGUUCCAAAACAUGCCCCGGGACUGGCAGAUUCUUGAUGUGCGACCUUCAGAAGACUAUAUGCGAGGCCAUGCUCCGUCUGCAAUCAAUAUACCCAUCGACUCUCUUCGAGAUAAUAUUUCAAGACUUGAUAAGUCUCGCCCGGUCAUUAUUUACAGCAGAGUAGGCUAUUACGGCUAUAUUGCCUAUCGGAUCCUAAAGCAGACCGGGUAUAAAGCAGCAAAUCUGGACGGAGGCUAUGAAUUAUUUGCCAAAGGCGCGUUCCACCCUCCCACUUGA